CACAAAGAAGAAGCACUUGUGUAGUGACAGUCCACCGACCUGGCUGUCUGCAGUGUGUUACAUGUCACUAGCUGGCAUUGCUAAUGUAAGCGCUCUGUAGCGUUCCCCAUCAUCCUCUUUUACAACAACCAAAUGAACCCAACGUCAACGUCAGACACACACAGGUGAUACUCUCGCGUGCAGCAAUGGCAGACGAUGAAAUAGACUACAACAUCGUGUUUCCAGAUGCGGGCACAUCGGAGAGACACUGGCAGGGGACAAAGGAGCCGGUUGUGAUUCUGUUGGGCUGGGCUGGCUGCAGAGACAAACACCUCUCCAAAUACAGCUCCAUCUACAACGAACAGGGAUGCGUCACCAUCCGCUACACGGCCCCCCUGAAGACGGUCUUCAUCUCUGAGUCCUUUGGCUACAAGGAGCUGAGCGGUACGGCCCUGAAGCUGCUGGAGAUCCUGUAUGACUACGAGGUGGAGAACAGUCCUGUUUUCUUUCACAUAUUCAGCAAUGGCGGCUUCAUGCUGUACCGUUACAUUAUAGAGUGUCUGCACAGCGACAAACAGUUCAGUUCCCUGUGUGUGAUCGGGGCCUUGGUGGACAGUGCCCCGGGUAGCGGGAAUGUUCGCGGGGCCCUGCGAGCACUGACGGCCACCCUGGGCCCCAAAAUAACCCCCGUUUUGCGGUACGUCCUCUUGGCCCUUUUCGCGGUGACUGUCUUCCUGCUGCGAGUCGUGCUGUACCCUCUGACCAAGUACAUCCACAAGAAUCACUACGACGCGGUGCAGGAGAGGCCGCCCGCCUGGCCUCACUUCUACCUGUACUCCAGAGACGACCAGGUGAUCAGGCACAGGGACAUCGAGCUCUUCGUGGAGGCCGUGAAGCAGAAGGGCGCCCCGACGGACAGCUUCGAUUUCGUCUCCAGUCCCCACGUCGGCCACUUCCGGGAUUUUCCCGAGCAGUAUGCCCUCAAGUGCCGCGAUUUCCUGGUUGCCUGCAUGAAGGACAUGGAAGGGGCCGAGACAAAGAAGAGACAGAUGGUCCAGAAUCAGUGAAAACCCCGGGAGAGAAGCUCACUAGAUUUAGCUGACCGCUUGUUAAUCAGUCUUGUUAAGAAAAAAUGGACCACUUCUCAGUUGUCUGGAGGGGAAAACAGCCAAAAAUGUUAGCGGGACGGCUAGAAUUUGAGCUGAACUGCUACAAGAUCUUGGUGACUUAUUCCCAUUCCAGUGCGCAUCAUGUGAAGGUUCCACAGAUGUGGUCUAGGUGUCCCGAGCCUAAUCCAAGUCCGGACAACCAACCACACGUGUGUGUGUGUGUGUGUUUGUGUGGCACAAAGGCCCAACCCUGCCUGCUGCGAUGUGUUUGCGUCAUACACCAUAUGUAAAAAAUAACGAUACAAACGGUUGCUAUAUACACUGGAAAGAUAACAUCCUUUAGGAUCAUUUAAAUGGUGUUUAAUAUUGCUGUGAAAUGUGAUGCAUUGUACAUUAGUGGUAGUGACUCUAAAGCUGAGGCUGGGUAUUGGAGAUUUUCUAUUUAUACAAUUUACAAUGUAUUUAUGAUUUUAAACCUCGCAAUUUGAUAUUCAAAUUUAAUCACAAUGGCGCUUACAUGAAGACAACUGUCAAAAAGUCAUACUUUAAAAACAAAAAUUAUAAUACAAAUUUUUGCACAGCAAAUGCGUUUUUUUUUGUUUUGUUGGUCUAGGAACUGUAGAAUACCCAUCAGUCCUAAUAUCCUAAUAUGUGGUAUGCUUGAUUUAGUUGAAGUAAAAGGUAAUUGACGAUGAAUGUAUGUGUCCAGCACAACUAUUGUUCUUUGUAGCUGAUGUGCCUUUAAUAAAUUUGAAUGCUCGUAGAAAA